UCUUAUCCACUUUUUUUAGUCCCAAACUUCCAAUGCCCACUUCUUGACUCUUCCCCCAUGAGAAAACAGAAAAAGAAAAAAAAUGGCAACAGUUUUCCUCUCAACUGCAAAAACGUUCCUCUACUCUCUCUCCUCAUCAUCUUCUGUGACAAGACCACCUCAAACUCAAGGCCAGAAACCCAAUGCAAGGCCACAGUUGCCUCUGUGCAAGGCAACAGUGAGUGAUUCAGCACCUAAGUAUAAGCCCCAAGUUCUCACAAAAAGGAACCUUUCUCUCUCUCUCACCACCACUCUCCUAUUCUCCAUAGCUGGACAGGGUUACUACUCUGCUUCCAAUGCAGCGAUACUCGAAGCCGACGAUGACGUAGAGCUUCUGGAAAGGGUGAAGAAGGACAGACAAAAGAGGAUUGAAAGACAAGGGGUCAUCAGCUCAUCCAACAAAGAGAAAGCAUAUCUGCAAGAUCUUGUGUACAAGCUGAGCAAAGUAGGCCAAGCGAUCGAAAACAAUGAUCUCUCUGCUGCAAUUUCUGUUCUCGGUCAAAACACUGACGCAGAUUGGGUUCAGAAAGCCAAUUUAGCAUUUUCCAAGUUGAGCUCCAGCCCUGAGGAGAAGACUGAGGUGGAAACAUUCAACUCCUCACUGGCUUCUUUGAUUUCAUCAGUGAUCCGGAAGGAUGUCGACGCCUCUAAAAUAGCUUUUGUUUCAUCUGCAACUGCAUUCGAGAAAUGGACUGCCUUGACAGGGCUCGUUGGGCAGCUGAAAGGGCUCUGAAUUGAGGAAAUGGAACUUUAAUUCUUCUUGUUCCUAUUUUUGUUUGUUUAGGUUUUCAAUUACCUGGAAGGAAGAUUUCAUAACUCCUCUUGAUCUCUUCUCCGAUUUUUUCAUUUGAUUCUUCACUGAAAUUCCUUGUUCUUUCAACUAGCUAGUAGAUAUCAGUAUCUGCAGAUAAGAUUCUCUGGUCUGCAUAUGAGUUGUAUAACCCUUGCUCAGCUUGUUCAAGUUGCCUUUAUCUAAACUUGUUAUCAAGUAUCAACCAAGUUUACUUCA